CUCCUCUCCAUUCGCUUUGGUUUCUCUCUUCUUUGUCGGAUACAUAAAGCGAUCCACGAUCUUCGUUUGUGGGUCUCUUCCGAACAUGGAGAGCAUCAUAGUGUGGGCUUUGCUCUUCUUGCUGAUAAACCACGCCCUCCUCCUCCCAUUCUCCACUGCUUGCUCCAAUGGCGAUUGUCAGCUUCUUGAUUCCUGCUCGGAAACCAGUGAUUGUGGGUCGGGUCUCUACUGUGGUAACUGCCCCGCCAUGAACAAGAACCAGCCAGUUUGUACCAGAGGUCAAGCAACACAAGUCACAAAUAUUAUAAAUGGGCUGGCUUUUAACAAGUACACAUGGCUGGUUACCCACAAUGCCUUCUCCAUUGUUGGGGAGCCAUCUCUGACUGGAGCUCAAAGGGUUACCUUCUACAAUCAAGAAGACUCUGUCACUAACCAAUUGUUGAAUGGUGUGAGGGGUUUGAUGCUGGAUAUGUAUGACUACAACAAUGAUAUCUGGCUCUGCCAUUCCUUCCAAGGCCAAUGCUUCAACUUCACUGCCUUUGAACCUGCAAUUAACACUUUGAGAGAAGUGGAAGCCUUCUUAUCUAGCAACCCAUCGGAGAUUGUAACCAUAAUUAUUGAGGAUUAUGUUCGUUCUCCAAAAGGGUUGACAAAUCUCUUCACUAAUGCUGGGCUGCUCAAGUACUGGUUUCCCGUGUCCAGCAUGCCUAAGAAUGGUGAGGAUUGGCCCACUGUUACUGAUAUGGUAAAGAACAACCAGCGCCUCCUAGUGUUCACUUCGGUUGCUUCGAAGGAGGCAGAUGAAGGGAUCGCCUAUCAAUGGAGAUAUAUGGUGGAGAAUGAGUCUGGAGAUGGAGGAAUCACACCUGCAUCUUGUGCAAAUAGGAAAGAAUCACAUAAUCUGAAUUCAAGAACUGAAACACUAUUCGUGCAGAACUACUUCCCGACAAUUCCAAACCAGAGUGAAGCCUGCAAAGAACAUUCGACUAGCCUUAUUGACAUGGUUAAUGCCUGUUACCGGGCAGCCGGGAAUAGAAUGCCCAACUUUCUUGCAGUGAACUUUUACAUGAGGAGUGAUGGUGGGGGUGUAUUUGAUACCAUAGACAGAAUGAACGGCAGAAGUUUAUGUGGGUGCACCACAGUCACUGCCUGCCAGGCUGGUGCUCCACAAGGAACUUGCAAGGACACUCAUGCACCUGUUAGAACUCCUGCAGAUAGUGGGGGAGGCUCCGUAAUCAUGGGAUCCUUUAAUUUUUCGGCCUCUACUCCCUCUGCAUCUAGUCAUUCUAAUCGCUUGCAUUUUGGCGUGUUCGUUCUUUCUUUCUUAGCAGGGGUAUCAUUGUAAUCUUCCACUUGCAGCUAUUUAUUGAUGAUUAACCACGUAGGUUUUUUCUCCUCUGGCUUCAAGAUUGCCUCCAUAUAUUGUUCUCUUUGGUGAUCUAAGAGGAACUAACAGAGGGAGGAAGGAAAUUGCGAGAGUUGAAGAGUUUGUGAUAGUGGGGCCUGAUCCUGUGAGAAGUAUUGCCAUAACCAUGAUUUAAUUGUUAACCAUGGUGCCCAUUGCCAACUUCCGGCUUGUCCCUAAACGAUAAGAGAAUUCGAGUAUGGUUCUUUUCGGCUAUUGAUUGAAUUAAAAAAUUGUGAUAAUUUGUAAUUUGAAUUGUGGUCGAUUGACAAUUAUGACCUGCAAAUUGUCGUUCAUAGAUAAUGUUUCAUGUUUCUAGGAAUGCUUUGAGCAGGAAAAUCGGCUGUUAGUUUGGAGGACUCUUUUAGCCUUGUAUUCAUUUCUAUCUGAGCUGCCUGAGCAGUUUUUUA